UUUCAGUGAUAACUUCAAAGCUCUCAAGGGAGUAGUAUAUAAUAGCAUGCAAAUGGCUAUGAAGGGAGUGUAUUAUUAUUAUUAUCAUAUACAAAGAAAUAUAGAUCAUGUGCAUACAAAUAAGUUGUUCUUGAAGAACAAGAGAAGGAACAAGUGUUUGGGAUCAUCAUCUUGGUGCAAAGGUAGAACAAAAAAUUGGAGCGGUUCUCAAUCAAUUAUGUUUUCUAGGAAGAGUUUUUGUAAUCCUCUUUGUGCUCUUGUUGAAGAGAUUCCUACAAUUACAAAGAGGGUGUUCACCUUCGGCAAAGGAAGGAGCGAAGGCCACAAGGGAAUGAAAUCUCUGCUUGGCGGCAAGGGAGCAAACCUGGCGGAGAUGGCGAGCAUUGGGCUCUCGGUGCCGCCGGGGCUGACGGUCUCGACGGAGGCAUGCCGGGAGUACCAGGAUAACGGCCGGAGCUUGCCGUCUGGUCUUUGGGAGGAGAUCCUUGAGGGCCUUUGCGUCGUAGAGGAGGAAAUGGGCGCCCGCCUUGGCGACCCCGUCAAACCCCUUCUCCUCUCCGUCCGCUCCGGUGCGGCCAUCUCCAUGCCUGGUAUGAUGGAUACCGUGCUUAACCUAGGGCUUAAUGAUGAGGUUGUCUCUGGACUGGCGGAGAAGAGUGGCGAGCGUUUCGCGUUUGAUUCGUACCGGAGAUUCCUGGACAUGUUUGGUGAUGUGGUCAUGGGCAUACCACACUCACUAUUUGAGGAGAAGUUGGAAGCUUUGAAAGCAUCAAAAGGAGUUAGCCUAGAUACAGAUCUAACUGCUUCUGAUCUUAAAGUGCUGGUUGAGGAGUAUAAGCAGGUAUACCUUGAAGCGAAAAGGGAGCAGUUCCCUUCAGAUCCAAAGAAACAGUUGUACUUGGCUGUGUUAGCUGUCUUUGAUUCAUGGGAUAGUCCAAGAGCUAUAAAGUACAGGACUAUAAAUCAAAUAAGUGGGUUGAAGGGCACUGCUGUUAAUGUCCAAUGCAUGGUCUUUGGGAACAUGGGGAACACCUCAGGGACUGGUGUUCUCUUCACUAGGAACCCUAGCACAGGAGAAAAGAAACUUUAUGGUGAAUUCCUCCUUAAUGCUCAGGGAGAGGAUGUAGUUGCAGGGAUUAGAACUCCAGAGGACUUGGAAGCCAUGAGGAAGUGCAUGCCAGAAGCCUAUGAGGAGCUUGUUGAAAAUUGUAGCAUUCUAGAACGACAUUACAAGGAUAUGAUGGAUAUAGAGUUCACUGUUCAGGAAAACAGGCUUUGGAUGCUGCAGUGCAGAUCAGGGAAACGCACAGGAAAAGGGGCUGUGAAAAUUGCAGUAGAUAUGGUUAAAGAAGGUCUUGUGGAUGAUCGUUCUGCUAUCAAGAUGGUGGAGCCAGGUCACCUUGACCAACUUCUACAUCCACAGUUUGAGGACCCAUCUGCAUACAAAGACAAAGUGAUUGCUACAGGCUUGCCUGCUUCUCCUGGAGCUGCUGUUGGUCAAGUAGUUUUUACCACAAAUGAUGCUGAGGAGUGGCAUGCCCAAGGAAAGGCGGUUAUUUUGGUUAGGACAGAGACAAGCCCAGAGGAUGUUGGUGGAAUGCAUGCAGCUGCAGGAAUUCUCACGGCAAGAGGGGGCAUGACAUCACAUGCAGCUGUUGUUGCCCGUGGAUGGGGAAAAUGUUGUGUCUCUGGUUGCUCUGAUAUUCGUGUGAAUGAUGCCGAGAAGGUGGUUGUUAUUGGAGACAAAGUGAUACGAGAGGGUGACUGGUUAUCGUUGAAUGGGUCAACUGGAGAAGUAAUACUGGGAAAACAGCCACUAACUCCCCCAGUUCUCUGUGGUGACUUGGGAACAUUCAUGUCCUGGGUUGAUGAAGUUAGGCAACUUAAGGUCAUGGCAAAUGCAGACACACCUGGGGAUGCACUAACGGCAAGAAAUAAUGGUGCUCAAGGCAUUGGACUCUGCAGAACAGAACACAUGUUCUUUGCUUCAGAUGAAAGGAUUAAAGCUGUGCGUCAGAUGAUAAUGGCUACUACUGUUGAGCAGAGGAAAAAAGCUUUAGACCUACUCCUGCCCUAUCAAAGAUCUGACUUUGAAGGCAUAUUUCGUGCUAUGGAUGGACUUCCUGUGACUAUCAGAUUACUAGAUCCUCCACUACAUGAGUUUUUGCCUGAGGGCCAUAUUGAAGAUAUUGUCAGCGAACUUUCUUUAGAUACUGGUAUGUCAGAAGAGGAAGUCUUUUUGAGAAUAGAGAAGUUAUCUGAAGUAAAUCCCAUGCUUGGUUUUCGUGGCUGCAGGCUUGGUAUUUCCUACCCAGAAUUGACAGAAAUGCAAACGCGUGCUAUCUUUGAAGCAGCUAUUACUAUGAGCAACCAAGGUGUUAUAGUUCUUCCAGAAAUAAUGGUUCCUCUUGUUGGAACACCUCAGGAAUUAGGGCAUCAAGUGAGUCUUAUACGCAGAGUUGCUGAGAGAAUAUUUUCUGCUAUGGGUACCUACAUCAGCUAUAAGGUUGGAACCAUGAUUGAAAUCCCUAGAGCUGCUUUAGUUGCAGACGAGAUUGCAGAGGAAGCAGAAUUUUUUUCUUUUGGAACAAAUGAUCUCACACAAAUGACAUUUGGUUACAGUAGAGAUGAUGUUGGCAAGUUUCUUCCAAUCUACUUAUCCCAUGGCGUCCUUCAACAUGAUCCUUUUGAGGUUCUUGACCAAAGAGGAGUGGGUCAGCUUGUAAAAAUUGCGACAGAGAGAGGGCGGAGAACUAGGCCCGACCUAAAGGUGGGAAUUUGUGGUGAGUAUGGCGGAGAGCCAUCUUUAGUCGCCUUUUUUGCAGAGGUUGGAUUGGACUAUGUUUCAUGUUCUUCCUUCAGGGUUCCUAUUGCUAGACUUGCGGCAGCCCAAGUUGCAGUUUGA